UGCAAGAAGGUCUGAGAAAGGUGCCACCUUGUGUUGUAGAAACGACACUCACUAUUGCAGUCUGUAGUAAUGAAACUAUGGCAAAAAUGCCCAGUGUUACUCUCCCAACUUCUUCAUUGAGUUCCAUAAGUACGGACUGGGACCCAGUAACCAAUUCUGAUGAGAAAGAAGUGGCGUCGCAUCAAUGUUUAUUAAGAAUCAAGAGGGAUAUGAUGUCCAUAUACAAUGAGCCACCACCAGGUCUAUUUGUUGUUCCUGAUGAAAAAGACAUGACUGUCAUUCAUGCGCUUAUCACUGGCUCAUUUGACACUCCAUAUGAAGGUGGAUUUUUCUACUUUCUUAUCCGGUGCCCAUCUGAUUACCCUAUCAGGCCACCUCGAGUGAAGCUGAUGACCACAGGUGCUGGAACUGUCCGUUUCAACCCGAACCUGUAUAAGUGUGGGAAGAUAUGCCUUAGUAUACUAGGUACAUGGACAGGCCCAUCCUGGAGUCCUGCACAGAGUCUGUCCAGUGUCCUCAUCUCUAUUCAGAGCCUUCUAAAUGAGAAACCUUACCACAAUGAACCUGGCUUUGAAAGAGAGAAAUGUCCUGGUGAUAUAGGACGCUACAAUGACAUUAUCCAACAUGAGACACUGAGAGUGGCUGUAUGUGGCAUGCUGGAAAAUGAUACUUGCCUUACUAUCCCUGAGGCACUUUGUGAAGUAAUGGAUAAAACAUUUCUUGAAUUCUAUGACUAUUAUGAAAGCACAGUCAGGAAGAAGCUUCACCUCCAUGGACAACAUAUGCAGUUUACUUUUCAGGACCCAUUUGGGGAGGACAGAGGUACAUUCCAGUACCGAAAUAUACUAACAAGAUUGCAGGCAUUGCAUGUAAAGCUAAGUGCAAAAUGCAACAGCAUUAGAAUUCAAGGGGAUAAAACAGUCUCAGACAAUGAGUGUUCCAGUGAUGAUUCUGACUUGGAUCAACCUGAUGAACCACCGGGUUUAGUGAGCAGUUGAUGAUUGAGGUUACCAUUAAGUCUGUGUACUUCUGUUGUGUCAUUGACUUACAUGACUUUGUGGAUCCUAGGACCAACUGCUAGUGUGGAAAAAAGGGUUCCUUGUUGUUAAGUACAGUACUUACCUUUGUUAAUAGGACUGUGAUUAUUGCAUCAUUGUUUUAGGGGCCAGUCUGUGUAUUACAGAACAAAAAUUUUCUUGAGGGUUUGAAGUUCUUGUAAGGUAUUUAUGGGUAAAGAUGAGAAUAAGGCCAAUUUAGUAGGAGUAUAAUAAUAAUUUUAAUUUUUUUCCGUAGAAAUGCUAAGUUGAAAAUUCUCCAGCUUCUGCAAAUUAUUUCAUCCUUUUAACAAUGGAAAAGUCUUCUAACUUUCUCUCCUAUGUUGAGAAAAUACCAACAGUCAAACAAGCAUUUAAUUAAUAACAGUAUUACUUUUACCAGAUUGUUGCACAUUUACCAUCCAACUUUCUGCUAAAGCGUCAUUGACAAAUCCUGACUUAUUUCUCUUUGUCACUAUGAUAUAUCAGUAUCUGUUAUGCUCUGACAUUAAUGUUUUUAUAUCCAUUGUACAUUAGCAUUAUGUUCAUAUCUUUGGAGAAUGUUAAGUGUUGUACUUGAAUGGUAGCGUGGAAAGAAGGUACUGGCAUUAUUCCUCGGCCGGUUUGAACCUGCAAACUUUGGGUCUAGUGGCAAGCAUGCUAACCACUAGUCCACUGAGGGCGACAGUGACAUGUUAAUAUCAACAAUGAAAUUAUUAGAAAUUGAGCUUUGUUGUAAAGAUGCUGCAGAAGUCAGGUUGUUUGAUACUGAUAACAGAGGAGAUUGUAAACUUUACCUGUAAUAAAAACUGCCCAAACUUUCAUAUUUGGAAAUCACGUCUUUGUAAUACCAACUAGGAAUUUGGACUAAGUCCUUCAUCUUAAUAUAAUAAAAUUAAGGAAUUUUUGAAGUUGGAUUCUGCUUCUGUUAUCGGGUAUACAGGAAGACAGAGAACCGUAGGUAUUGUAGGAAUUUAAUGUUAGAUAUGAAAACUAAGUAAUUUUUAAAUUACAUAGUUGAAAAUGUCUGUAUUGUAUUUGUAUAUACUACUUACAGUUUACAAUAUAACAAAAAUGUUUUGUUAUGUUGUCUUUCCUGAAGUGAGGUUGGUUCAUAGUCAUACCUGUUGUAUUUUUGUGCUGUUCUUGAGAGAAAUCUUUUAUUUACUCCAACUACAAACUCCUUUACUACCAGUAGUGAAAUAUAUAAUUAGUACUGAAUUACUUAACCUUAAAGUGAAUGUCAUUUCAUUGCAUUUAAUGAGUUACCAUUAAACUGCUGUUUUCACAUAAUCCAUUUUAACAAGAAUUGUCAUAUGCUUUUGCCAUUUCAUUUCCCUUGUGAUGGAUUUAGAAAGAUAGAAAGGAAAUUAAAUUUUUCUAAGGCAACCCAGCAGUUCCCUGAUAUAACCAAAAGAAAUCUUUUUCUUCUUAAGCAGUGAAAAAUAUCCUUUAGAUGCCAUUAAGGAUUUAGUACUAAUUCAUGUUUAUGCAUUUUUAAAAGACAGAUUUCUGUUUCCUAGACUUCACUUACAUGAUGAUAUCCCUUCAUUUACAAAAGUGCCUAUUGAAAAAUUCAAAUGUAUUUCUCCUUAAUUGAGCUUUCUAAAUUGGGUUGUGAACCAGCCUUUAUUUUGUUGUAAACAUGACCUGUCUGAAUAUUUUCUUACCAUUCCUUCAUAGUGUAGACUAGAUCUGGGGAAUACAACAGAGUUACAUCUUGUAAUCAAAUGCUGAAACCUUUGUAUGCCUCUACCAUAUAGGCAGAUUAAUGAAAUUUUCACUUUAUAUUCUUUGCUGUACAUUAUUUUUAUUAUUACACAGUAGCUCACAUUAGGUAAACAGUCUUUUGUUUCCAUGUAUUAUUUAUACAUUCUAAUAGCUUAUAAUAUUUUGAUAUGUGAAGUGUAGUUAGCAUUUAUUAUCAAAUUCAGGUUAGUUUAUAAAGAUUUCAGUUUCUCAUGGCAGUGAAAUGUCAUUGUUGGUCUUCUUGGUUGUGGCACUGUGGAUUAUUUGGUAAGUACCAAUGCCUCAGAGAACAUACUGCUUCCAUCUACAGCCCACAUGGCAUUACAGUCCAGAAGACAGGAAACUAUAUGAUGUCCAUAUAGAUCAAUUCAGUAAAAUCAUAUUCUAGAGCUCUAGUCUGAAACUUUGUCCUGUUGUAUAUGCAUUUGUGACAUUAUUGAAUAAAUAAGAUUUGAGGUUCUUACA